UCUAGAUUGGCUCAAUUCCGCUCUGUUUUGGCCAAUUGACAGUCGAGCCUGCCCAUUUGCAUGAGCACGCCGAAUCCGUUCCUGCGCUUUGCGCACCCACGGGACGAGGCUCAGCCCAAGCAGCGGGCCAAGAGGCUUCUGUCGCCGAGGCCUGCUACGUCGGGUAAGCGGCAGCGACCCGAAGCUACGACCAAGGAAGAAGCGGAUGGCGACGACCCUCGACUGGCCAUGCUCGCUUGCAUGCAGUCGAUUCGCAAGACUAUGAUCGCGCAAGUCGACAUCUACGGCACGCAGCAGCUAUACAGCGCCUCGAUGGCGCCCAAGGACCAGCGCUGGCAAAUUCUGAUCGCGUCGCUUCUGAGCACGCAGACGAGAGACGAAAUCACAGCGGGCGCCAUGUUGCGGCUGCACGCGCUGCCUGGGGGUCUCACAAUAUCGUCCGUGCUCGCACUCUCGGUCGCCGAGCUUGAUGCGCUACUAAGUCCCGUCGGGUUCCACCUGAAAAAGGCUGAGCAGUUGCUGCGUAUUGCAGACAUAUUGCAGACGCGCUUCGAGAGUGACAUUCCUCUCUCGAUCGCCGAGCUCAUGGAGCUUCCUGGCAUCGGUCCAAAGGUCGCGCGCUUGAUCGCUCUCGUGGCGUGGGGGCGCGCGGACGGGAUCAUUGUCGACACGCACGUCCACCGCAUCGCGCGCCGACUCGGGUGGACCUCUGCGCCAGCCAAGACCGCCGAAGACUCUCGCCGAGAGCUCGAGGGGUGGAUUCCGCCUGACAAGUGGGGCGACAUGUCCAAGCUUCUGAUCGGGUUUGGCCAAACGUACUGCAAAGCGGUCAAGCCCAAGUGCGUGUCGUGCCCAAUGCGCGCUACGUGUCCGUCGAGCUCGCAAGGGUCCGAUGCUGUGUAAUCACCACAUUGGUCUAAUAUCGAAAUGCAGUGAAAGAAUUCGAGGAUGGACUCCACCUCUGUGAAAUCCGCCAGUGCGC